AUGGCACUGGAUGUGGCUGUUCAACUCAUGGGAUAUGAAACUGCCAAGGAAUUGUGGCAGGCUAUUCAAGAGCUGUUCGGAGUUCAAUCAAGAGCAGAAGAAGAUUACUUGAGACAACUCUUUCAACAGACAAGGAAAGGAGGCCAAAAGAUGAGUGGGUAUCUCAAACUGAUGAAACUUCAUUCCGACAAUCUAGCACAAACUAGUAGCCCUGUGUCGACAAGAACCCUCAUCUCACAAGUCCUUCUCGGUCUAGAUGAAGAAUACAAUCUGGUGGUAGUAGGCAUCCAAGGUAAACCAGGUAUAUCAUGGCUAGAUAUGCAAUCUGAGUUACUGACUUAUGAAAAAAGAUUGGAGCAUCAAAACUCUAUCAAAAUACAUAGUACUUUUGCACAACAACCCUUUGUCAAUGUAGCAUUUAGCAUGAAUCUAAAUGGUGGUAAACCAUACUUCAAUCCCUCAUUUAAUGAAGGUCGACAAUAG